ACAACUGACAAAACAAUUAUAACAUAACCUUACAACUUACAACAACCUGACUGACAACAACAAACAUAGGUUUGAUGUUUGAUUUUCACGUCUGCUAGAGGUAAAGCUAAAUAUGGAGAAAAAAUCUCGUGAGCUGUAAUAACUACGAUGUUCAUUGAAUGCUUUGGUUCUGACCUUCGUUCUAAUCAAUGAAGCAUUUCUGUGGUCAAACGAGUCAAAACCAAUUCGAUUUGUAAUCAGUGUCGUCUUGAGUAUGAAAAUAUGCCUUGAAAUAUUUUUCAAUACACUGUAUAAUGCAUUUGGGGAGGACUAUUCAUCUGAAUAGAAGUGGGGUAUGUGUGUUAGGGACUAUAAUACUCAUUUUUGUGAUGUACUCCAUAUCAUUCAGAGCACAGGCUGUGGAGAAAGAGACCAGGAAAUUGAAUCUCCAUGAAAUUCUCCAAGUAGCUAUCAGGGCUGCUGAGAAUGGUGGCAAAAUGGUAGUACAGUCCAAAGAUAAUUUGGAUGUAAGAUCCAAGGGCUUGACAAAGGAGGGACUAAUAGAUAGCAUAACAAAUGCAGAUGUUGCCUCACACUGUGCUAUGAUGCAGACAAUCAGUCAUUUCUAUCCAACACUUACAAUAAUUUCUGAAGAAGCCACUACUGUUUGUGGAAAUCAGUCCAUUUCAUAUUCAGCAAAGGUCUCCAUUCCAAGGAAUAUACCUGAUGAAUUUGUCCCUGAAGAAGAUUUAACAGUAUGGAUUGAUCCCUUAGAUGCAACAUUUGAGUAUACUGAAAAGUUGUAUGAAUAUGUCAGUACAAUGGUCUGUGUUGCUGUGAAAGGCAGACCAAUUAUUGGAAUUAUUCACAAACCUUUUGAUAAAACCACUUCUUGGGCAUGGGUAGGUAAAAUAAGGUCUAUAGACCUUGAGCUGGCAAUGAAUAAGAACACAUUUGAAAGUGAUUUCAAAGUGAUAGUAUCCAGAUCUCAUAAAGGAGAUAUUGAAAAAGUUCUGAAGGAAAACAUUCCAGAACCUAUCAAAAUUGUUACAGCUGCAGGUGCAGGCUUCAAAUCAUUAGAGGUUGCUACAGGAAAGGUAGAUGCCUAUUUACAUGUAACCAUGAUCAAGAAGUGGGAUAUUUGUGCAGGAAAUGCUAUAAUAAAUUCAGUUGGAGGAAAAAUGACAACCAAGCACAACAAGGAUAUUGAUUAUUCUGACAAGAUGCAUGUAGAAAAUCAUGAUGGACUCAUUGCAACAAUAAGAAAUCAUGGGAAGUUUUUAGGAAAAAUAUAAGAAUGUUGGGUUCUGAUUUGCAUGUCAGCUGAUAACUGAAUACUCAAUGAAAAUUCAUUCAGCUGGCAAUGUUUAAUUGUUAGGUGCAUUCAAUGUUUGUGUAUAAAUUGAAAUUUUAUUGAAAAUAUAUCUCUUGGAGCAA